AUGGCGAAUAAAGCCACCAAGACCGCAACGCUUUCAAUAGAGGGCGUCGAUACACCGAUAGAUCUACCCAUUUACUCGGGUGUAGAAGGUCCAGAUGUCAUUGACGUUGGCAAGCUGACCUCACAGGGCUAUUUCACCUACGACCCUGGUUUUGUCUCUACCGCUUCCUGCGAUUCAGAAAUAACCUACAUUGAUGGUGACCAAGGCAUUCUGCUGCAUCGUGGCUAUCCUAUUGAUCAACUGGCCGAACACUCCAACUACCUGGAGUUGUGCUAUCUGUUGCUCAAUGGAGAACUACCCAGUGCUGCAGAGAGUGAGACUUUCGUAGAUACGAUCAAAAAUCACACGAUGGUGCAUGAACAGCUGCGCAACUUCUUCCAGGGGUUCCGUCGUGAUGCUCACCCGAUGGCCAUCAUGUGUGGCGUCACCGGCGCGCUGUCGGCGUUCUACCAUGAUUCUCUGGAUAUCGAUAAUCCGGAACACCGCCGCAUUACCGCGCAUCGUCUGAUCGCAAAAAUGCCUACCCUGGCGGCGAUGAGCUAUAAAUACUCCCUGGGUCAGCCGUUUAUCUAUCCUCGCAAUGACCUCAGCUACGCGGAAAAUUUUCUGCAUAUGAUGUUUGCCACCCCGUGUGAGGAAUACAAAGUCAGUCCAACCCUUGCCAAGGCUAUGGAUCGCAUCUUUCUGUUACAUGCGGAUCACGAACAGAAUGCCUCGACUUCUACAGUUCGCCUGGCAGGCUCCACCGGGGCCAACCCUUUUGCAUGUAUCGCCGCAGGAAUUGCAGCGUUAUGGGGGCCUUCACAUGGCGGCGCCAACGAAGCUGUGCUCAACAUGCUUGAUGAGAUUGGCAGCGUUGAUAAUAUCGACAAGUACAUCAAGAAAGCCAAAGACAAAGAUGACCCGUUCAGAAUCAUGGGUUUUGGUCACAGGGUGUACAAGAACUACGACCCUCGCGCCAAAGUCAUGCAGCAGACCUGUCAUGAAGUGCUCGAAGAGCUGGGUGUGCAGGAUGAUCCGAUUCUGGAAAUGGCCCAGGCUCUGGAGAAAAUCGCCCUGGAGGACGACUACUUUGUCAGCAAGCGCCUCUACCCUAAUGUUGAUUUCUAUUCAGGCAUCAUUCUCAAAGCGAUUGGUAUUCCAGUGGAAAUGUUUACGGUCAUCUUUGCGACCGGACGUACACCUGGAUGGAUUGCGCAUUGGAACGAGAUGAUCAGCGGACCUUACAAGAUCGGCCGCCCCCGACAGCUUUACAAAGGUUACGCCCAGCGGGACUACAAAACCAUCGAUAAGCGUUAA